GAGAGAGAGAGAGAGAUGUAGAGACAGGAAGCCUCCACUGCUACUGAGCCAGUGAGACGCAGGCAGGCAGAGAGAGAAGACGGAGAGAGAGAGGCCCUCGGCAUCUCCAAGGCCAGCCCAGUGAGGGGGUGAGGGGCUCAAGAGCACUACAACGGAGAGGAUAGUGGGAGGAAAAGCAGAAAUGGAGGGAUAAAAAGAGGGAAAAGGCAGGGCGAUAAAAUCAGAAACAGGCUUUAGCAGGAAAAGGGGAGUGGGUGGGUGGGAUCUGAGAUGAGGAGGGAAAAAAGCAGAUAAAAGUUUUGGAGACAGAGUAGGAGAGGGAAGGGGAAAAGAGACUAAAGAUGGUCGGAUAGAGUCUAUGUUAAUGGCAAAGAUAGGAGGAGAUUCAUGGAAAAAGAGGAGGAAGCUCUUUGCGUCUCAGGAGUCUUCCUGUUCCUCUUCUGCUUCUUCUUCUUUCUGUGAGGCUGCUGGACAUCAUCCAUCACCAUGUUCUCUGAUAGCAGGGCUCCAGCGCCUGGGGAGCAGAAAGGCUUCAAGCCCCAUGCCCCUCACUUCAUCCCCUGGUUGCGCAAUAGUCUGAAGCCCAACCAUAGCAGUGACCUGGGGCUCAAUGGACCGUACAAAUCCAGCUCAGAGGCCUGCAACAACCUGACCCCGCUGGAGAGAGCCAAAGGGAUCGGGCUGUUCUCCAUCCAGGGAAAAGACCGGGCGAAGAAGGGGGAUCUUCGGUGUAAUGGCGUGGGGAUGGCGAGAAUGCUGCCAGUGGUGCUGAGGGGGCACCACAUCCUGCCAGGGAGUCUGGGAAAGCAGAGGGAGGAUAGUCCUGCCAGGUGGAACCAGUCUACAGAGCUGCACCCAGACCCCAACACGCAGAUCAGUCCAGGGGAUGGGCCACAGGGUCUGAGCAACAGCUCCAUGUCUGCACAGGACAACCACACCUUUGUUAGGAACCACAGCAGCCACCUGAGCGUCCUUCAGUUGCAGAAUGACGGGACUAGCACCUCAGUCAGGAAAUAUGGGCCACUAGUGAGAUCCCCUCCUGCUCCUGGUCCUGCAGUGCUCACUGAGGAGCCAAACUAUAAGGUGCCUGUUGUGGUGGGUAUGGAGGACAGGAGGGGGAAGGUGCGGGACUACGCCAGCAGUACCAGCUACCGGCAGAGAGACCUCCAUUCAUCCGGCUGGCUGAGCUCAGACACUCAGGGACUAAUAGAAAGGCAGCAAGGGUCCACCUCCAGCUUUAGCUACAUCAAACAACAGAGCAGGAACUCCCAGAGCCAGAGAGACCUGACAGCGCUGAGGGAACCACCUGCGGAGGGUUUCAACGGGCCCCUCAACGGAGUCAUCUUCUCCACUGAGGUUCCUCAUAGAGGCCUGGGCUGCACCACAACUCUACGAGGCCCCAGGAAACCAAGACCAAGCUUGGAGCGUAUCGCAAACCUGGACCAGAACCAGACAUGGGUCCAAUACAGGCCGACCAAUGAAGGGGAGUUCCAGAGGAAGGAAGCAGGCUGUAGUAGGAAGGUGGUUCGAAACCAGAUUAAACGGGUGGUGGACAAUCUGGAGCUGGUUCUCACAGCGCUGAGGGACGUUCACCAGGAAAUGAAAGAGGUGGUGCAGCAGAUUGACUAUCUAACCUCAUCCAUUGAUCUGAAUGAGGAGGAGCAGCAGAGGAAUGAAGAAGGCGACAGCACCAAGCCCCCCAGCGACAGUAGCUCCAGUUCAGGCUCCAGCUCCAGCGAGGUGACCAUAGGCAGUACCCAUCAGAGGCCUUUAGAGCCUGGAGACCAGCCAGGAACCACUGACUCAUCUGGCACCCUCAGGAGAGACCAUCAUAGCAGGAGCCAAUCUCCACCAAAUGUGCUGCUGUGCCCGGUAACCUCUGGGUUUUCAUCAGAGAGGAGUCGGUUCACCUGCAGUCUGGGGUCUUCUCCCAGACAAGGUGGACCGCUGCGGUACAACAAUAAUCUCCCUUCAUCCAAUCCCCCUCAACUUCAGAACCUCACCUCCAAUGACCUUACUUUGUCUCCCCAAAGAAGCAUCCCUGUUCGGCCUCCCACUCCUGGUCUCUCCCCUCUAACAGUAAACCUCCACCACGCCAACAGCCCUGGUUCUCAGCCUCACUCCCCUGGGCCUUCCUCCUCCAUCAGGAUCAGCCCUGUAUCUCCUCCCUCCCCUCUGUCACCAAAGCCUCAACCACCCCCCACCCUUAACCCUUCUGUCAUCAUAGAGAACAAAAUCGGGUCUUAUAAGACCCCAAAAAGUGACCACCCAUCUGCUGGUCCACUCUCUCCAUUAUCGACCCAGCCACCGUCUGCCAGCUGCCCACCCACCGACUCCGAAACUCAAACUGUGUCCAACAAUGACAGAGAGAGGCGAGCAUCCUCAGCCGGUCCCAUUCACAGACCUUCACAGGUGUACACUGCCCCUGCAGCCACAGCUAAACCAUCAACAGCACAAGGCCACAGAGGUCGCAAGCCUCCGCCGUACCCCCACCACAGGCCCUCUGAACACACAAAGAAAGUGAAGGAGCCCCGCAAAGCUCCUCCGUACCCUGAGAAAAGAAGGCUGCUCUCGACCACAGUGUGAGACAAUGCAGCAAGAGGGGGAGGAUGAUCGAAAAGAGCCAUAUUCACAGCACCAGCCACGAGUGCGCCAGAGUGGGCAGUGAUUUAAGGCUCGCCAAGUUGAGCUGAGACCAAGUUUCCAAGGUGACAAGACGCAGACGCAACUUGGGGUGAGUAUGUCAGGAAGAACAGCUUGGCUCUGCGGACGUCCUUUUCCCUCUCUCCUUCUAUACAAAUCUCUUGAGCACAUUAGCUGAACAUACACAGGGCAUCAUAACAUCUGUCUGGGUUACUGCUCUGGUAACAAGAGCCUCUAUACAGAUGCUCACUUUGCACCCGAGCUCUCUGACUCCCACAGAUUUCACAGUAAAAGGGUAAAGGAGAAGGCCUAAUUAGAUAGAAAUAUGAAGGAAAUUAAAUUAAAUUAUUGCAAGAUGACAAGACAAAGUAAGAACUGAUUACUUUAGUGUACUUCAACCUAUGCAGCCAGACACACCCACUCACAUGUAUCAGCAUUGUCUGGGUUAGAUAAUUGCUGUCAAGAGUCGUGAUGGUAUAAUGAGAGCUCAGUGCAGCUCAGGCUACUAUGGCUCAGCGGUGUGAAAAGCUCAUGCGGGGAGGAGAGGUCGGAGAUCUGUGAUAGACCUGGAGACAGAAAAGGUCUCAUAAUAUGAAGAACUUAGCAAGGCCAGAUAAGAAGUGAACAGGAGGAGUGGCUCUGAGCUGACUGGGUCACCAGCCCAGCGCCUGGGUACGCGUCAGGGGAGACAGGGGGCAGCUGGCCAUUCGUUGUUCCCUUCAACGGGCCCCUGGUGUUGCAAAAAUCCCAUCUCCUUUGCUGCCUCUGGCUUGACCAACUCGGCCACAAUCUCCAUCUGUUCCCCUCCAAAUGUCAGGAGAAAUAGGGGGCAGGUGUGUGUGUGUGAAAGAAAAUAGAGAAAAACAGACACUGUAAUGGUUGCCGGAUUGAUCACAUAAAUACAGCACAGCAAAUCGAUGGCUCAUUCAUUUAGGUCAUCUGAUGUUGUCUUCUCUGAAAUGUUACUUUAGUUUAUUUCAAUGUCUUCUUGUGGCUCUUUUUUAAAAGAAUAAAGCUGAUGUUAUUCUAUAUUUUCUCUUAUUGUCAACAAAUCAAAUGAAAAGACCAAAACCAACAAUGUGUUUGUCCGUUUCUCAGUACUUCGUGACUUCCUUACCCUGUCUAUGGCACUGAGCACCAAGCACAUUUGUUCCUACUGAAGAAGUAAAAAUUGCCCAGAAAUAUGUAGCUUCAUCAAGGCUCAGUCAUUUCCUAAAACAGCUGGGCGCUGUAGUUUUUAGCAAACGUCACGUGAAUAUUGUUGGGGACUAUUUUCAUUUGCAGAUGAAUGCACAUUUCGUGCUUUUGUGAGUAUAUACAGCAGCAGGACGAUGUAUGUGGGAGUGACUCAAAAAGAACUACAGGGCCCUUGUUCAUUGUAAUGAAGGAACAUGUCACCCAGUGAAUUCACUGAUGUGUUUUUAAUAGUUUUUGGACGAGAAUGGAGUCAGGGGAAUUAGCUACAGCAGGCAUUGGAUACACAGAAAAUACUUGAUUGAAGGAUCAGUUCACUUUUGGUUUUUGUCUUUUCAUGGGAUUUAUUGACAUUAAGAAAAAUAUAUAAUGUCAGCAGACUUACUUUAACCAGACUGAGUCUACAGCUGCUCUGCGAGUCUGUACUUACGUGCAGCAGUGCUUUGAGCUAAACGAUA